AUGGCCGAGGUCUUCGGGACCCAUUCGGACCAGUUGAAGGACCUUCAAAACUGCUUGGGCCAUGUUAUCGAAGAGAAAAUUACCAACAGCCUGCUGAUGGACGUCGGUACUGCUGACCAGGAUGCUUUGGAGAGGGCCGUCGACCUGGCCGCUAACGCUGCCGUAACCCUACUGGGUCGACUACGACACAUCGAUGUGAGGCUAUUCGUCCCUCGGUUGGUGGCAGCUAGGCCCAACGACCGCCUCCGACGGAUCCUUUGGGAUCGACUUCUAUUGAAAAGCGAUAGUCACAGGCCGGACCAUGCAAAGGAGUGUUCGUACCGACCCCGGGACCUCCCACAAGACAUCCUGGGCUCUUCCGAUCACCGGCUGUCGCACAGUCAGACUGCUGAGGUUGAGCGUCUGGUAGCAGCUAGUCCUGAGACUGAGCCCACCGAGUCCUCGGUCUUUACAGCGGUGGUUCUCGUACUGGUCUACGGCGUUGGUCCGGCUAACCCUAGGAGGUACGAGGGGAUGUUGUCGUCAACGAAGGCCUGGGAUGCAGCCGUCUCUCAUUGCUCGGACCUUGAUGCUGGCUCCUGGAUAAGGCGGCGGUUCGUGGAUGCCAGGGUGCACCAGGAGGCCACUAAGCUGAUCUGGGACGAGCUCCUAUUGGCAGCCUGUUGGUCCCCCGCUGCCGUGCCGGAGGUGCUCGCCAUCUGCACUAGGGUUCUCCUGGAACUCAUAGGAAGGUCCUCUGGUGUGGUCUCUGGUACAGUCUUCCUGGAAGCUCUGAGGUCCAGGAGGUCCGAUCUGCUGGAGGUCAUCUGUGGCAGAGGAUCGGAGUCGAUCGCUGAGGUAUCCUCCUGUAGCUCAUUGCCUGACCAUUUGCCCCAAUAUGGGACCUCGUUGGACCAUGGGGAAGCUCAUAAUGGUCACCACAAUGAUCCUUCGGAAGGGGUCGAUGCGGCCACCCAGACCGAAGAGGACCUUUGGAAUGGUCAUGGUCGGCCAGGCUUGGCGGUCGAGCCGUGGUCAUCGUAUGUCACCGACUUGAUGGCCAAAGGGGGUGGUCGAGUUGGUUUGUCCGUGGAACUGCGGGAUGGGAGGAGGAUUCAACUACCCAUCAUCAACCCCUUCGGACUAGUGGACUCGGUAUCUGAGAUAGUCGAGCACUGCCUCAUUCAUGGAGUUGAUGGCUCCUCCUCCUCCCCGAUCACUACUACUGCCCUCCGAAGAGAUAUUUCAAAAGCUGUGGCCACCAGGUUCAACGACGACAACGAAGUCCUUGAUGAUAGAGGUGUUCACGUCAGGAAGGUGACGGUGAAGCUCGGUGCUGUCGAGCCCACUCUCUGCGUCGCUUUACCCACAGCGUCAUCGGAGUCGGCCGAGCUCUUAAAUGUGUGUAUGCGUGCAGUUGGACGGGCCCAGCUCGACGAUCAAGCUCUAGUGAUGAAGGCAGUUGAAUAUCUCAUGUCGCACCUUGCUCACGAUACUGAGUAG